CAUCAUUGAUGUAUAUGUUUGCCCCUUCUAAUUGUACCUUCUCUCUUGCCAUGGCCAUCCUGUUCUAUCACUUCCUCAUCACCAUGCCAAUGCUGUUCUUCUUCCUUUCACUUGUCCCCUGUGCCCAUUCCAUUCAUUUCAUAAAGAAUCGCUUUGAUUCUGAUGCAACCGACAUAGUUUAUCAUGGCGAUGCUGUGCCUUCGGUUGGUGUUGCUGAGCUCAUUAACAAAUUAACUUACACUUGCCGUGUUGGUUCGGCAACUUAUCAUCAAAAGGUCCCAAUUUGGGACUCAAGUUCAGGGCAGCUUUCUGAUUUUUCGACACAUUUCUCCUUCAUCAUCGAUACUCGAGGUCUUAAGCAGUACGGCCACGGUCUUGCUUUCUUUCUUGCUCCUGUUGGGUUUCAAAUCCCACUAAACUCUGCGAGUGGAUUUCUUGGCCUGUUUAACACCUCAACUGUUGAUUCUUCUCAAAAUCAAAUAGUUAUGGUGGAAUUUGAUUCAUAUCCAAACGAAGAAUGGGAUCCUUUAGUUGAGCAUGUUGGGAUCAACAAUAAUUCUCUUGCUUCAGCUAAUUAUACUCAUUGGAAUGCUAGCUAUCACAGUGGAGACACUGCUAAUGUAUGGAUUACAUACAAUUCUAGUACUAAGAAUUUGAGUUUGUUAUGGACUUACCAGAACACCUCAAAUCCUCUAGAGAAGACUAGUCUGUCUUAUGUCAUUGAUCUGAUGAAAGUCUUGCCCGAAUGGGUUACUGUUGGGUUUUCAGCUGCUACAGGUGCAAAUGGUGAAAGACAUCAACUUCUAUCUUGGGAAUUCAACUCUACUUUGGAUGUCAAGGAGACAAAGGGAAACACUUCACAGAGGACAGGAAUUACAGUUGGUAUCGCAGUUUCAGUUUGUGUUGUAGGAAUUGGAGUCAUAUUAGGAAUUUUGUUUUUUUGGAGGAGGAAAAAGAUGAUGAAAAGAAAAGGAGAGGAGAAAAUGAACUUGACGUCAAUCAAUAAGGAUCUUGAAAGAGGAGCAGGACCAAGAAGGUUUUCUUAUGAAGAUCUUGUUGCAGCAACUAACAAUUUCUCAAAUGAAAGAAUGCUGGGCAAAGGAGGAUUUGGUGCUGUUUACAAAGGGUAUUUAAUUGAUAUGGAUAUGGCAAUUGCGGUAAAGAAAAUUUCAAGAGGUUCUAGACAAGGUAAAAAGGAGUACAUUGCUGAGGUGAAAACCAUUGGCCAAUUGAGACAUAGAAAUCUGGUACAACUCUUGGGCUGGUGUCAUGACAAGGGUGAGUUUCUACUAGUAUAUGAGUUCAUGCCAAAUGGUAGUCUUGAUUCUCAUCUCUUUGGCAAGAAAAGUUCUCUUACUUGGGCAGUUAGGCACAAGAUUUCUCUGGGAUUGGCCUCUGCAUUGCUUUAUCUUCAUGAAGAAUGGGAACAAUGUGUGGUGCACCGUGAUGUGAAAUCAAGCAAUGUAAUGUUGGAUUCAAAUUGUAGUGCCAAGCUUGGUGACUUUGGGUUAGCGAGGCUGAUGGACCAUGAGCUUGGUCCUCAGACAACAGGUUUGGCAGGAACACUAGGCUACUUGGCUCCAGAAUAUAUAAGCACAAGAAGGGCUAGUAAAGAAUCUGAUGUAUACAGCUUUGGAGUAGUUGCCUUAGAAAUUGUCAGUGGAAGAAGAGCAAUUGAUCACAUUAACGAUAAAAACGAAAUGAGUUUAGUAGAGUGGAUAUGGGAACUUUAUGGUCAAGGGAAGCUUCAUUUGGCGGUUGACAGGGCAAUUCAUAUGGAGUUUGAUGAGAAAGAAGCAGAGUGUUUAAUGAUUGUCGGGUUAUGGUGCGCACAUCCUGAUCGCAAUAUAAGGCCAUCAAUGAGCCAAGCAAUUCAAGUCUUAAAGUUUGAGACUGCACUUCCAAAUCUGCCGGCUAAGAUGCCUGUUCCUAUGUAUCAUGUGCCACUACCAUCUGCUAGUUCCAGUGAACCUUCCAUAACUAAUUCCAGUCUUGAUGUCGGCCGCUGAAAGAGCCAAUAAUCUACUUCUUGAUUUGUAACCGCCAUCUUUAAGGAAGUGAUUCUGACGUACGAUAAUAACUGGAUAUUUUAGUUAGUCAUUGUGUGAAUAUAAUCGGUCAUAUUUACCGUAACUUGUUUAUAACAUGCACUAGUAGUUGUAU